AUGAGUACCCAGCGCAACGUGUUCUCGGCGCUGCAGCCCGAGAAGCGCAAGAAGAAAACGGCCGACGCCACUGCCACCACUGGGAACUCCAUGUUCGCCUCGUUCGUGAACAAGUCGUCGUCGACGACCGCGUGGGGCGACGACAGCGACGACGAACUGCACGCGGCGAAUGGAGCGCCCGUUACUCUGCCAAUGGGUACAACAGGAGAAGCAGCAAACGGAGCGGCAAUUGGAGCCGAAGGCGACGACGACGACGAGGAGUAUAGUGAGAGUGACGAAGAAGAGGACGAAGACGACGACGAAGGGGACGACGCAGAGGGGACAGUCAAGUCGGUAGCAGCUGUCGAUGGGAAGAAGACCGCAGUGGUUCCUGUGCGGACGCUGUCGAAGAAGGAGAAGAAGGAGCUCGAGAUGAAGGAACUGGACGCUGCGCUCGCGGCGCUCGGCAUUGAGACGGAGACAAGUGGCACCGCCGCGUCAACGCAGAAGAAGGAGAAGGAGGAGGAGGAGGGAGAGGGGACACUGGAGAGUGCUACGGCUACUGCUGCUACUGCAGGGGACAAGAAGACAAAGAAGAAGAAAAAGGGCAAAAAGCCGGUGAAAGCCGUCGAGUCGGAGACGACAGCGGUGGCCAGUGUCGUGGACAUUAAGGCCGUGAUGAAGAGCAAGAGCAAGAAGAAGAAGGCCGUGGAGCCCGUGGCGGUGCGCAUUGCUCGGGAGGAGAAGGCCAAGGGCAAGAACAAGGGCAAGAAGGACAAGAGCAGCUUUAAUGAGUUUUCAAUCUAG